CUUAUAUCACACAUACCUUAUUCGUUAUUAAAAGGCAGAUCAGAUACAAGGCACUAUUGUAGCCCUUUGUUCUUCCUCCUACCAACAAAUUUGCAGGUGAAGAUUACUUCAGCCAUGGAAGGACCUGCAGAAGCUUCUGAGAAGAACAACAAAGGAAGAGUGUGUGUAACUGGAGGUACAGGCUUUGUGGCCUCUUGGCUAAUCAUGAAGCUUCUUCAACAUGGCUACUCAGUCCACGCCACUGUUCGAGACAGGAACAAAGACACAAGCUACCUGACAAAUUUACCGGACGCCGGAGAGAGGCUACGGAUCUUUGUCGCCGAUCUCGGCGAUCCGCAGAGCUUCAAGCCGGCGAUCGAAGGCUGCGUCGGGGUGUUCCACGUGGCGCAUCCGAUGGAUUUGGUCGGGAUCGAAUCUGCGGAAACGAUCACGGAAAGAUCGAUUCGAGCAAUACACGGGAUUUUGCAGCUGUGCAUCGACUCCGGGACCGUUAAGCGUGUGGUGUACACUUCCAGCAUUUCGGCGGUUUUUGGGAAAGAUCGCGGCGGCGGUGAUGAUGGGGCCGCGGCAGAGGUGGACGAGGAGUCGUGGAGCGAUGUGGAAUUUAUGAAAACACUCGACUUUGUCGGAGUCGGGUACUAUAUUUCGAAGACGGUGACGGAAAUGGCAGCUCUUGAGUUUGCAGAAAAGCACGGCUUGGAGCUCGUAACGGUGAUCCCGUCGUGGAUACACGGGCCGUUUAUUUGUCCGAGCCUCCCCGGCUCGGUUCACUCGUCUCUCGGACUUAUUCUUGGCAACGAGAACCAAAUCAAGUACGGGAAGAUCACUCCUAUGGUGCAUACGGAUGAUAACGCGGAGGCACACAUAUAUCUUUUCGAGCAUCCGGAUGCCAAAGGAAGGUACAUUUGCUCGGCUAUGGAAGUUACGGUCGAGGAGAUGGUUGAUCAUCUUAGAUCGAAGCAUCCCCACCUUAAGUUGCUCGAUCCCGAAGGUUUAAUUAAUCCUACGGCAAACAUUGACGGGCUCUCGAGCAAGAAGCUAUUGGAGAUUGGUUUCAAGUAUAAAUAUGGGAUUGCGGAAAUGUUUGAUGAUGCUAUUCAAUGUUGCAAGUGUAUCGGGCGGUUGUGAAUUGUAAACAUUCGAUGAUUAUAAUAAUAAGAAGAAGAAUGGAUGGUCGUGUUUAGUUGCCAUGAAUCGUUAUUGGGAUGCUAUGAAUGUUUGUGUAUCUGCUAUUUUCGAAUGUACACUGAAUAAAUUUAUGUAUC